CGCACUCGUUAUUAUUCAGACCUACAACACACCUUGACACGGCCAAUUGAUCUGUAACCAUGGGAUUUCUGACAGAUCAACCGCUAACCAAGAUCUGUCUGCAGGUUACCCUUGUGUUACUUGUCGCUCAGCUAUUUCGUGUUGUUCGUCGCUGGUCUCGUCUACGCCAUAUUCCUGGCCCGGCCAGCGCAGGAUGGACUUCAUGGUGGCAGUGUCGAGGGGCUCUCAGCGGUCGCUAUCAUGAGCAUUUAAAGAACGCAGCUGAUCAGUUUGGCCCUCUUGUUCGUAUUGGCCCCAAUGAGGUGCUCUCAACAGACCCUGUUGUGCUGCGCAACAUGUCCGCUGUGCGAAGCACUUAUACAAAAGGGGACUUUUAUAGCAGUGGCAGGAUAGUUCCUGGUGUUGAUAAUGUCGUCUCUGAGAGGGAUGAAGCAAAGCAUAAAUUCAUGAGAGCAAAGAUGGCACCUGGUUAUUCUUACAAAGAAAAUGAAGGUUUCGGUUUCGAGGCAGGCAUUGAUCGUCAACUCCUCAACUUCAUCUCGCUCAUUGACCGAAAGUACCUUUCAACUACAAGCGAAUCACGACCUCUUGACCUUGCCGAAAAGACACAGUUCUUUGCCCUGGAUGUCAUCGGCAACGUAUCUUUCGGUGAACCAUUUGGCUACUUGACAAAAGAUGAAGAUCUCUACCAAUACAACGAGAUAAAUGCUAGUUCACUGCCGGUCUUGAACCUGGUAUCCGUCUACCCCUGGCUAGGAAGGGUUGUUCACCAGUGGCCGCUAAAUCUUUUGCUACCGCGGGAGGAGGACCAGGUUGGCUUCGGGCGACUGAUGGGCUUCGCGAGGCACUUUGUUCGCAAAAGACUGUCCGAGGGGGUCACGACGAGGAAGGAUAUGAUGCAGAUGCAUAUCAGCAACGGUAUGAAUGAGGAGGAACUUAUCCAACAAGCCUUCAUCUCAAUUAUCGCUGGUUCUAACACAACAGCACACGCGCUUCGGAUGAUCAUACUCUCCUUGAUCACAAAUCCAAACGCAUACCGCUCCCUCAUCGCCGAGAUUCGAAAGGUCGCCUCGUCAGUUAGCAAUCCCAUCUCCUGGGCACAGACACAAACACUACCAUAUCUUCAAGCCGUCGUUCGCGAAGGAUUGCGCAUGUGGCCGCCAGUAGCUGGUCUCGGUUUCAAACAAGUCCCUCCCGAAGGUGAUACCGUCAACGGCUUCUUCGUCCCCGGCGGAACGCAAGUUGGUCAGGGGUUCUACGCUGUCGGUCGAUCACGGCUUGUCUGGGGCGAUGAUGCUGAUGUUUUCCGCCCUGAGCGAUGGCUACUCGCUGAUGAGGACAGGCUAAGAGAUAUGAUAGCGGCGUUGGACACACAUUUCGGACACGGGAAAUACUCGUGUUUGGGAAAGCCGAUUGCUCUCAUGGAGAUUCACAAGGCUGUUUUUGAGCUGUUUAAACGCUACGACUUUGCUAUAUUUAACGCUGAAAGGCCUAUCAAGACCCAGACUUCCGUAUUCCUCUUUGCUUCAGACUUUUGGAUCACAAUCAUCAGGCGUGAUGAUGAAGAGAACUAACUUCCAAUGUGCGAUUAACUAGACGAGAAGCGGUAAUCUGUAUCUAUCUCAUAUCUUAAAUCUUAGUUGUAGCAUAUUAGUCCUCUGGAUUUGACAUUUUGUAGAUCUAAAGCCGGCCUCGAUUUACAUGAGGUCACACAAG